CUUACAACUAUCAAGUCUCACAAAGCACCUGUCAUUUUGAGCCGGAUGUAAACAAAGAUAAACAAACAGUUUCUAAAGGGUUUUAAGAAAAGUUUCUGGUAUUUCUUUUGCGCAAGGAUGGCUAGCAAUAACAAUUGUGUCUUUAAGUCCGAGUCAUUACGGAAGAUGGUUUAUCCCCGUGUGUUUUCUAGUCCAGUGGUACAUGAAAAUACAAUCUAUGUAGUGGGUGGAUGUGACCAGAUGGGACAACCUGUGGACAGCUUUGAAAUGUUUGAUAUCACUAAGAAGAAAUGGACAACAUUGCAAAACAUGCCAACAAAACGUGCAGCCCCUGCUGUUGGACUUGUUGGAGACAAGAUUGUGGCUAUUGGGGGAGUUGGAGAUGUACAACAACCUGUUGAUGCUGUUGAAAUGUACAGUAUCAAAGAGAAAAAGUGGACAAAAAUGGAGAGUUUGCCUGAUGGUCUUCUUGGGAUCUCAUCUGUGUUGAGAGAUGGCAAGGUCCUUGUAGUUGGAGGCAUGGGCACUGACACAAAUCCACAUGAUUACUUUCGGACGAUUGAUCUCGAGGAGAAUAAAUGGAAGGAACUUAAACCUAUGCCUACUGGCAGAUAUGCUACUUUCUCUUUCCUUGUCAAUGAAAGGUUGUAUGUAAUUGGAGGAAGAGUAGGAAAAGAACCUUGUCUUGCCUUUGAGGUUUAUGAUUUUGCUGAGGAUACGUGGCGUAAACUGCCAAAUGUUCCAUCUAAACGUGUGUUUGCAAUGUACGCUGCCACAGAUAAAUAUAUUGUCAGUGUUGGAGGUCUGAUUCAGCCUGGGAAGAAAGGCUUCUCAGAUGUUUGUGAAGUUUUUGAUCUAGAAAAAGAGGUGUGGAAAAAUGGCCAGAACAUGCCAACUAAACGUGGAGACUUUGCUAUAGGAGUUAUAGAAGAUAAGAUUGUGUGUGCUGGAGGUCUAGGUAAUACAGGGAAGCCAUUUGAAUCUGUAGAAAUCUAUGACAUUGAAACUGAUACUUGGUCAAAGGGUAAUGAUAUGUCAAUGACACAUUGUUCAUGUGCCUAUACAACACACCAUGGGAAACUGUAUGUGAUAGGUGGCUUAUCAGCACAGGGCCCUACUAACUGUAUGGAAUGUAUCAGCUUUGGCCCCAUGGAAGAUGACAGCAAAAAUAGGAAAUCCCAAAAUGCCAGAGGAAAAAAGAAACAGUGAUAGUUAUUUCUUAGUUCGUAGUUUGUAGUGCGUUUUUAAUUGACUCCAAUACUCUUAACAUUGGUUGAUUUAUUUGUUAUUUAAACAAAGAAGGAUGUCCAGUGUUAUAUAUUCUGCAAUAAAGCAUGGAUUUGAAGCAUGACCUAGCAGGAGACCAUUAUUAUAUUGAGUUUUGCAAUAUGUCAAGUAUGUUACUAUUAUAUGAAUGUAGAUCAAUUUAUUUGUGGUCACAACAUUUUUAUUUGCCAUUGAUAUUAGAAUGAAAAUAAUCAAGGCCUUAUAGUGGUUUAUCAUCUGAUAUACCACAGUUAAUUGUUCUGAUGUUUAUAUAUCUAUCCACUACAGCUAACACCCUCAUGGUUAAGUUCCUGGGUUUCUGAACUGUAGUAAACCAGACAAUAAGCCAUGCAGAGGUCCCGUUUAUUCAUUCUACAUGCAGUAUCCAUAAUGUGCAGCAGAUUGACUUAAAUAUCUAAAUACAGGGGUGUUCAAAAAAUACCUGAAAAAUCCUCUAAGAUUUUUAUUUUUGGUUCUUUUUUUUUCUGAAUUUUGAAAAUGUUAUAGAUAAGAAUAUAUUGAAUGUCAGUGCAAAGGCAGAAGCAUUUGUUACCAUCCAGUUAAAUGCUUUUUUACACCUUCCCUCAAACAAAUUGAAAUUGUUCUUAAAAUAUUUCUGUUGUAUUGAUGAACACUGAACUUUAAUGCAGCUAUCCAUAUCAAGGACCUUUUAAAUUUACAAAACUUUUCUGACGUCUGAACUGUAAAUGGUCAGCAAUACUGUACCAGCCCCUUUCAAACCGCCAGUGCCAUUUACAAAGUAUUUUUUUCUUUAGGCUUUUGCCCCUUAAACAUUUAGAUGAUGUCACAUGAAGUUGCCAUGAGGACUAGCAUUUACUUACUAUUUUUCCAAAGAGAGUAUGAUUUUGACAUAUCAACUAAAAAUGCCUUUUGUAUACAUUUUGUAACAAUUGCAUCAUUUUUUCAUGAUAUGAGAGGAAAUGAGAGCACUUUUCUAGGAAUUAAUUUCAAACCUCUGGUGUUUGUGUGUAUAUAAGUUCUAACUCAUAAUAUUUAUUUAUGAGUGUGUGUUUACGUUAGAAAACAUGAAAAUUGAUUAUUACAGUCUAAGCCAAAUGAUUAAAGUGUAUAGAGGAGCAUCUUAAGGAUAUGCCAUUUUGUUUGUUAAAUAUUCUAAACCAUAAUUAUGGAGUCAUCUGUAAUUAAAUUAGAACCAAGAGAAAAUCUGUACGGAAAGAAGAUGGUUGUCUGUCUGAUGUUUAUUUAUAAAUUUUUUCAUAUCUGUAGAAGUAUUAGAAUCUGUACACAUAUUAUUCUUGGCACUGCUUGAUAGAACUAUUUGAGUGAACAUUUUCUAGUUGCAAAUAGAAAGUGAAUAUAAAACCAUAAUAAAUAUCAGUCUACUUUUAUAUUCAAUAUGAUUAAGAUAGUUGACCGAUAAUGAUGUUCUGCAAUUCUCUAUAUGCAAUUUCAGCUUUCUCCUGUCUUUACAGAGAGUCGUGCUGGCUUUCAGCUACAUAUACAUAUAAAUAUAUAAUGUAUGAAGAAAUGAAAGUACGUAAUUGAGCCAUGCCAUGAGAAAACCAACAUAGUGCAUUUGCGACCAGCAUAGAUCCAGACCAGCCUGCGCAUCUGCGCAGUCUGGUCAGGAUCCAUGCUGUUCGCUAACAGUUUCUCUAAUUGCAGUAGGCUUUGAAAGCGAACAGCACUAUGUUGGUUUUCUCAUGGCGAGGCUCAAUAAUACAAAAACUGCCGAGUACCAUUAUAAGUCCACUACCUUAUAAUUUGUAUGAAUGUUUACAGAAAGUCUGGGUUAGGAUCUAAGCUGUAGUGACUGUUGGUAUUAGAUGUAUCAAUUUAUAGGAUGGAGAAAAUUUGUCAAAUAUCGUAGCUAUGUUUUCCUUGUUUAGAGUCAAUAUCUUUUUUAUGCAUUGAAAUUUUUUGAAGUGCCUUGUAGCCAUGGUCACCAUCUAGUUUUAUUUUCUUAUUGAAUAGUUGUACUGUGAUUAUUAUGUAUCUACCCGGUAGUUACCAUGGUUACAUAUAAGAGCACAUGUAUGAUUACUUCACAAAAGUGAUAUCAGUAUUAGUGCAUCUAGAUCGUAUACUGCUCACUUAACAUGAUUGCCAUAUUAUCAAUGUUCUUAAUGUAUUCGUGCACUUUGAUUAUAGGAAUAUUGUAUUAGAAAUCCUUUUUCAGUUGUAUUGAUUUUUUCGAUCUUUGUUUCAUUAAAAUAUUGUACACAGAUUGUGAAAUAUGCUGUUACAAAUGUAAUUUUGCAAUCAGUAUUAAGUGACUGUUAUUGAUCUAGGAUAGCAGACUGCCUGGUUACCAUGGAAAUUGUGCUCCAAGUGUUUCCUACACUUCUUAACACACACACACGCCAUAAUGUAGUAAUUAGACCGUCUGUUCAUCUAUCCACUCGGUCUUGGAUCAAGAAAUUGGUGUGCUGGUUGUUUGUGACUUGCAGAUGACCCCUGUUGAUUUAGACUUUGAUUGUUCAAAGGUUAACAUCACAGUGACCUUGAUAGGAUGAUUGCCUGUGGCUCGUUUUUGGGGUCAAAGGUCAAGGUCAUAGUGACGUUGAGCAGAAACUCAAUCAAUAAAUGCUGAACACUUUGGCCCGUAGUCAUCAAACUUAAUAGAAUGAUUGCCUGUAGAUAUUAGGUGAUUUCUUUAGUUAGGAAGUCAAUAGGGCAAAGGUCAAUGCCACAGUAACCUUGAGACUGAAAACAGUUUCUGCUUAAUAACUAAAGAAAGCUUUUUCCUAAGUUGUUAGACUUCAUGUUUAAUAAUUGCACAUGACUAUUGGCAGUUGCCAUUCAGUAAGUGUAAUACAUGUAUGCACAAAGUAGAGUAAAGAAAAAGCUAGUAGAUGUUUCUUACUUCCCUUACAUACUUUAGUUCCAGAAUUAAAUGAUUCAAGCACAUUUGCAUAGUAUUUAAGUGGUACAUAAACAAGUUAUCAGAAGCCAGAUAGGUUAAUUGCUAUUUUUUCUUUCCAAGAUAACCACAUAAUCUGCAUGCUUUUUAAUGUAUAAAGCUAUCUGAAAGAUGACAGACAAACAUUGUCUUUAACCUGUAGCCUGCUGGCAACAAGUGAUGCAGCCUUUGCGACCAGUGCAGACCAAGAUCAGCCUGCACUUUAGUGCAGGCUGAUCAUGGUCUGCACUGUUCGCUAUUCAGUCAGUAAAUUGUCAGUGAACACCCCUUUGAAUAAUAAGUGGUACUGCCCAAAUUGAAUGAUUGGCUAGUCCAUUUUAGAAAUUUAGAAGGGUAAGAGUUGAGGACACAUCUGUAAAAGAAUAUAUUUAUCUUUGAUAAUGAAAUACAUGUACCAAUGUAUACAGAAGCUUUUCUUUGCCCUGAGGUUUCAGUGGAAAAUAAGCACCUACGUAUAUACAGUGUAUCUUAAAUUAAUCCCCUAUCCUUCCUUUUGAUAAUUUCUUUGAAACCCUGAUUGUGUUUCUCUAUUGUCAGGUGCUUUUUACUUAUUUUGUAUAUCAUUUUAUAACCAUAUAUUACAUUAUUAUAUUUCAUCUGAUAAUCAUAUUUAUUGCUCAUCUGAGUACUUAGGUAAGCUAUUGUGUUACCCCUGUGUCUGUUGUUGAGGUUUGUUGUCUUGUGUCUGUAACAUUUUACUGUUAAUACGCUAGAAAUCGCAGUUUCGGCUCUAUGGUAAUGAAACUUGGUAAGAAUGUUUGACUUAAUAAAUUCUUGGUUAAGUUCAAAACUGUUCCAUCAAGGAUCAAAAACUAGGUCACAGGAUCAAAUUAUAGGGAAACAUUGCUUACACUCUAGAGAUCAUUUUGAAAGUGGACAUUCUUACAGUUAAAAAUUAGAUCACAAAGUCAGACCAUAGAAAAUGUUGUAAACUCUCUAGAGGGCAAAUUUUCUACCUGAUUUAUAUGAAACCUGAUGUUCUAAAAGAAACUAGAUGGUCUAUAUGGCCACAAUAUUGGUUUUUAGGAAACUGAUACCAGGUUAGAAACUGAUAUAUCUAGGGUUAAAAAGUACACCAGCAAGUCAGAUCUUAGAGUUAUUUUCUGUCUGAUCUUUGGCAAAAUGUUUGAAUUUAUGAAAUCCAGGUAAAUUUCAAAACUGGAUUAUCAAAGAUAAAAGUAGUCCCUUUUUCAAAUAUGCCUUGUUAGCUGACUCACCAGAGACUAACAUUUCUAUCUGAUAGUUGUCUUUCUGAAAGCUAGGUCAAGUCUGGAGAGGUAAGAAGUAUGUCAGGUGAGCAAUACUGGACCUUCAUGUUAUCUAGUACUAUUUAAUAUGUAAGGAAUGAUUUGUGCUACUUACAUCAGUAGUUUCUUAUAAGCAGGCUGAAACUUGAAAGAACUUUUUUUUUCAAAAGGUAGUAGAAAACACAAGUACAUAAUUUUCCUAAUAAUUAGUAACAAUGGUUAUUUUUGGGGAGUUUUUGGGUUACGUUAAAAGCAUAUAGGAAAAAAAUCAAUAUGUCUUUAUAGUCUCCUCUAUUUUAAAGGAUUUAUUUUCAUGCAGAAUCAUUCUGUUUAACCUUUAGCCAACUGGCGGCAGGUGAGUCUGCCUUUGUGACCAUUGCAGACCAAGGUCUUGGUCUGAACUGUUCACUAUUAAGUCAGUAAAUUUUCAGUGAACGCCGCUUUGAAUGAUGCUGCCCAACUUAAAUGAUGGACCAGUCCAUUUUAGAAAUUUAGCAGGGUAAAGUUUAAAAGAGAUCAUGGUUGUGCUUGUUUAUGUCAAGGUUCAUGUGUUGUAAAAGACUAGUCUUUAAAUUACAUAAGUCAGUUACAUAAGCCUUGCCAAGUUAUAGCCUUUGUUUGACUUAAAAGCUAUUGACUAGUCAAGCACAGGCCCCAUGGACAGCUUUUGUUUAUCUUGCGAUCUUUUUUUUACCAUGUUCUGAGGUGUUUCAUUGAAGGGAGCUUUUGAUUUGUCCCCUGUCUGUCUGUCAUAUGAAGUGGUAUCCUGCGAUAAUUUUAAAAUACAUGUGAGCCGCGCCAUCGCGCAGUCUGGUCAGGAUCCAUGCUGGUUUCAAAUGCACUAUGUUGGUUUUCUCAUGGUGCCGCUCAUAUAUUAUAAUAUUUGUCAGUAACUUUGCCCAUCUUCCAGUCACAAAAGAUAGAUACUGUAAUUUCAAAAAAAAAAUAAAAAUUGUAUGAAAUCUAGGUUGUAGUUGGCGGCUGUUAGAAAACUUGCAGGUUCUUUAUUUUAAUGUCAGUAUUAAAAAAUGUGGCUUCUGUGGCAGUAGUUUGACCAUUGGCCCUUUCUUGAGAGGACAUUUUUUGGGCAAUAGUCUUGUAUUAUUUUUGUUUCUCUUCAUUUACAGGAUCCCAUCACAUUAUUUAAAACUUAAAUCUUUUUGUCAGUGUUUUUUUUUAAUCCCUUGUGAAAUAUCAAUUAACUUUAUUAUAUUGUUCAAUGUUGACCCUGUUGUAGGCCAGAUAAUUUUCUUCUACUGGCCUCUUGUUUAGAAAACCACUCGUACAACUUAGCUUGUAACAACUUCGCAAGUGUUUGUUUGAAGCAAUUCAUUUACAUUUUGUCAUGUGAAGAUGAAGAUCUUUUGACACUUGUUAAAAUUGUCUUUAGUAAUAGUUGCCUUUGGUUUAACCUUACCAAUGUGUGGAACAGUUCUGAAACAAUAUUCUGUAAGAUUGUAAAGCAAAUUGAAACUGAUCUGUAAUAAUGUUUUCUUCCAUUCUCAUGUGAUAUGCUCAUUUUAUCAAAGUCAAUAAUCAUAUGAGCCGCACCAUGAGAAAACCAACAUAGUGGCUUUGCGACCAGCAUUGAUCCAGACCAGCCUGCGCAUCCACGCAGUCUGGUCAGGAUCCAUACUGUUCGCUUUCAAAGCCUAUUGCAAUUAGAGAAACCGUUAGCUAACAGCAUGGAUCCUGACCAGACUGCGCGGAUGCGCAGGCUGGUCUGGAUCCAUGCUGGUCGCAAAGCCACUAUGUUGGUUUUCUCAUGGCCCAGCUCAGUUAUUAAAACAUCAUCACAACUGAGUAUGGGUAAACUUAAAGACAUUAAAUCCCCUCUUCUGUAUUUUUAAAAAAUUAUUUUAAUGGUAAUAUACUGCUUUCAGCUUUUUCCCUGUUAUUGUUAGUGCUUCUUUAAUAAAAACAGGGGAGUAAGUAUUUUCCUUAUAUUUAAAUGCUCAAUAUAUAUUUCAAACCUCGUUGUGUUUGAUGCAUUUAUAAUUCAUAAUACAUGUAUUAUCUUAAAUAAAUUGCAAAAACACCAGUU